AUGAGCCAGCUAACACUAGGUACCGUUGCAGUCAUUGGAGCUGGCACAUGCGGAGUGUCUAUGCUGAAAACCUUGCGCGAGGAUGGCUUCAAGGUCACCUGCUUCGAGCGACGCAAGCAAGUCGGCGGUCUUUGGGCAUACACCGACGAUCCAACAAUGACCUCAGCAUUACCAUCAACACGCGCGAUCAUCAGCAAAUACACAUGUGGCAUGACCGACUUUCCGAUGCCGGACAAGUAUCCGAGUCAUCUGUCAACCGCCGAGUUUCAAGAGUACAUUGAGUCUUACGCAAAGCACUUCGACUUGCUCAAAGAUGUCGUGUUCGGUGCUUUGGUACAACGAGCCACGCGAAACAAAGACAACACGAAGUGGAAUCUGGAGAUGCUGGUCAAUGGCGAGCAACAGACGCAUGAGUUCGACAAGGUCGUUUUCUGCCAUGGUUACCAAACUCAACCAGUCAUGCCCGCUUUCGUAGGUAAAGAGCUGUUCGAGGGACAGCUUAUGCACGCACAGCAGUUCAGAACGACCAAAGACUUGGAGGGAAAGAACGUUGUGGUUGUUGGCAUGUCCAGCAGCGCUUCCGACAUCAUCAACAAUAUCCUGCCCGUCGCAUCCAAAGUAUACAUGUCGCAUCGACGAGGAGGUUAUAUCUUUCCAACAUGGCGCAAAGGUGUGCCUGGAGAUCUCAUGGUGACAUGGCGGCGCAGGCAGAUUGUUGCUUUCAUGCAACACUACUUACCAGGAAUCUACAAGUGGAGCACAGACACGGCGCUGCGACUCUUGAUGCGUAGUCACUGGGGUAAACUGGAUCCGGAGUGGCGUAUUCUGCCCUCGCCUUCAAUCACACUUUCUCUGCCUGGUGCCUCGAACAGUCUCAUCCCGUUACUCCGUGAAGGCAAGAUCACAUCAGUACAUGGCAUCAAAUGCUUUACUGGCCCGCACUCCCUAGAGCUGAACGACGGGACUGUGCUCGAAGGCAUCGGUGCCGUGAUCUGUGCAACUGGGUACACUGCCAACCUCCACGCCACACCUUUCCUCGAACAAAGUCGCCCGCCCAACUACGGUGGUCCCGACCUCGUCAGGCUAUGGAUGAACGUAUUUCCUCCACAAUAUGCUGACUCCAUGGCUCUUCUGUGUCAUUCAGCUUACGGCAAGAACAAUGGAUUCUCAUUCAAUGACGUACAGUCCAUGGCUGUCUCCAACGUCUUUAAGCAUACGCACAGCCUGCCCUCACAGGAGGUCAUGAACAAAUGGAUCGAUGCCCACCACAACUGGCUCGCUACUCGUUAUCGCCAGGAGCCUCUUGGAUUCGAAGCAUCUGCGGUGAAGACGUGGGAGUUCCAGCAGUUCCUGCAUGACGUGGCGGGUACCGGCAUGGAGAACCUGGGGUGGGGUUGGAAGGGAUGGAGGUUCUUCCUACAAGACCCCAAAAUGUCAUGGCUGAUGAACAACGGCGUCGAGACUGCACAUGCGUUUCGGUACUUCGAAACUGGAAAGCGCCGGACGUGGCCUGGCGCCAGAGAUGCAAUCAUCAAGGCGAACGAGGCGGUCAAAGUGUUCCCGGUGAAGGAUGAGAAGAAGGCGAUCGAGGCUGGUGCAUUUGGCGUCGAACUUGAAGCUGCAAAUUGA